AUGAGAAUCAGUAAAACAGAGGUGAACUUGAGGAGGCUGCUUGCAGCUGCUCCUCAGCAACAAAACCAGUCAAAACUUGUACAUGUAUGUAUGAUCCUUGAGUUCUCUCUCACCUCUGAUAUGGAUGUUGUUAUUAGAAUUACAGCCUUUAUGGAUGAUAUAAGUACUGGAAUUUUGCAGUAUGUUGCUACUUUACGAGAACAGGUAGAACAACUAGCUGAGGAGAGAACUCCAGAAGGCUUACCAAGAGUUGCAAAGGCUGUUUUGAGCGACUAUUCAGAGAAGAUCGAAGCAAUUGCUUCCAAAUUAGCUGCUCCUCUGCCUGAUAUUCAAGCACCCAAGGAGCCCUUUGCAAGAAUUUCUGUCAAAGCAAACUCUUCUGAUACAGGAGACAAUCAGAUUCCCCCUUCUCCAGGUCUGAGAAGGAGAUUUGGGCCUACCUCAAAUUCCGAAGAUGGAACUCGUGAGAUUCUUAGUGUUGAUUCUUCAGCGCCUGUGAAACUGGAUGCUGCAGCCCAAGCACACAUUGAAAAACAUAGAAAGCUUCAAGAGGAUUUGACCGAUGAAAUGGUUGGAUUGGCAAGGCAACUCAAAGAGAGUAGUCUCAUGAUGAAUCACUCGCUGCAAGACGCUGAAAAAGUGCGAGAAUCAGGAGAAAUGCUUGGAAAGGGAAAUAUACUUGAUUCUACAGAGAAGGCUGUUGAAAGUAGCUUGGCAAGCACUGGCCAUGCCACUACACGGGCGACCAAGAUAUACUCGAAGACGUCCAAAACUACAUGUUUCACAUGGCUUGCUAGCUUUAUAGCCCAGCGCAGCCCAGUCCAGUCCAAUCUAACCCAACCCACACGUGGGCCCCACCCAACAGAAAACCGGAUGACGUGUCGACCUGCGGGGCUUCCACUGCUGCCAACAAGCAGUCGUCCUGGCUCAGAGGCGCGUGGAGCAAAUCUCCAGCAAAGCACGAAGCAUCCCACCCAUUGGAGCGUGAUAAACACGAGCCGCAGUUUAAAGAACCCAAGAAAGGAAGCGAAACUUGAUAGUCAAAUUGAAUUGGGUUUUCUCUCUGCACCUCUGUUGAAGCAACAGUUUGAUUUGCUUGUGAUGACAAUGGAGGAGGAGGGUGGUGGUAAGGUGAAGCUUGGUCUUGGGAUUGGGGUUGAUUGUUAUGGUGAUGAUCAUAAUGGGACUGAAGAAAUUGUUGAUGGGAAGAAGAAGAAGAAGUAUGGUGGUGGUGGGUUGACAGCUUCUCAGUUGCAUGAGCUGGAGCAACAAGCGCUUAUCUACAAGCACUUCGCUGCUAACCUUCCUGUUCCUUUUCACCUUGUGCUUCCCAUUUGGAAGAGUGUGGCUGCCUCUUUUGGCUCCUCAAGUGCUGCUGCUAUCAACAGACAAUACCCCAGUUUUGUAGGGUUCAGUGCAACGGGCUUUGACUAUAGGGAUCAUGAACCAGGAAGGUGCAGAAGAACUGAUGGAAAGAAAUGGAGGUGCAAUAAGAAUGUAGUUCCUGAUCAGAAAUACUGUCAGCAACACAUGCACAGAGGCCGCCAGCGUUCAAGAAAGCCUGUGGAAAAUUCUGAAGUUGCUUCUCCUUCCAGCACUAAAACACCCAAGAAUUCAGAAGGUGAGUUAGAGAACUCAAAGACAAACCUUCAGAUUUCAACCCCGAAAGGCCUUCAACUUAUGGCGCAAUCCUACAAUUAUGUUAGUGUUAGCCAAGGUACAACCAUGGCCUCAAGUGGCUAUCAUGAAUGUAAGAAGAACAUAAGACCUGUUACAACUACAUCCAUUGCCAAUAUACCAGCCAACAGAUCUGCUAGUACCAACCCUGCUGCUGUAGCCGCUACCACCAUUGCUGGACCAACCACCGCCACCAACAGCAGUACCAAUGAAAAUAGCCUCAAUAUUGGUGUAAAAUACAAUAGUAGCAACCAUGCUGGUGGCAAUUGCAUGAUCAGAGGAAGCAGCAUGAAUGUUGUUAAUGUAUCACCAGGAUUGGGCUUCUCCCCGAAGAGCGUUCUCCAAGCUCUUCUAGGUUGCAAUGGCUUAUACUUCGACAACGGAAGUGGAGUAGAACUUGAACCAGGGAGGUGUAGGAGAACGGAUGGAAAGAAGUGGCGGUGCAGAAGGGAUGUUCUUCCUCAUCAGAAGUAUUGUGGCCAGCAUAUCCACAGAGGGGCAAAGAGGCAAAUGAAAGACUUCCAACCUGUUGCUGUUCCUUCUUCAGCUGCUGCCAUGAAUACCGCUCGGCUCUCUCAGACAAUAGCCAUAUGCAGAAAAACUAAUUGUGCAAUCCCUAAUACAAAUCUCAGCAUCUCCAUCCCAGCAAAUCCCCCACUGGGACGAAAUGAUGAAAGAAGCAAUUCUAGCAGCGAUAGUGACACGACUCUUACAGAUACCAGCCUUACUGCUUGUGACAGUAGUUAUGUUUCUUCUUAG